GGCUGACUGACUGGCUGGCUGGGGGGGAAUCGGAUCGGUUCAUCCACUUCCUAUCCACCUGCCUGUUCAACCUUUUUCUGCGUCUGAACGCGUCAGCCAGUGGGUCGGUGCGGUGCGGUGCGGUGGUGCGUGGCGUUUUGAAUGAGUGAUUACACAUAGGAUUACACACACACAGAGAGAGAGAGAGAGAUGCAUCCACCUAUGUAUGGUAUGCAAUGCAUCGUGGGUCCCCACCUUAACCUUUCUGCCUGCCGAUCUGUCAGCAAUUUGUCCACUCACUCUCCUCUUUAUUGGUCGCCGGCUGGCCGGCCGGCUUUACAUACAUUUCUCUAUGCGUGUGCGCGCCCACGGGCGUACGCACGAGUGAAUGAAUGCACACCUUAUUUGUGAGUGUGUGUGUCUGACCGGCUGCCUAUCCUUCCGUGGCUUCCUGUCUGUCUGUCUGUCUGUCUGUGUCAGGUUUUCUCGCUGCUUAUCUGUCGGAGGCCUGCAUGCUUUGAAUUCAUCUCAUUGAGAGCCCAUCUCUGCCUGCCUGUGUGUGUGUGUGUGGGUAUUCCUGUCUGUGUGUCUGUCUGUGGUUGGACAGUGGUGAGUGAAUCCAUCGGUUUGAUCAGUGUAUGCCGGUGUGUGUCUACGUGUGGACAAACAAUGCAAUGCAUCCUGGCAUCAUUGUUUAAGUGUUUAUUCGUGUGGUUCCAACAGUUGAGAAGUUUGCAAUGCUGUCAGGGUUUAGGGUUUAGACCUAAACCCUAACCAGGGUUUAGAUCUAAACUCUAACCCUAACACCAAAAGUCUCUAUGGAUGGCUCUUAGCGGACCACUGCGGCUCAUCCAUUGCCCUGCACCCCGCUUAGCAGCCCUGCUGCUGCGAAGAUCUAUGGCAACCAUGUGCUGGUCAGCCGAGGACAUCGCACGAGCCCGCAGCGACACGCCAGGCCUGCAUUCAUCCCACCGCAGGGGCGCCGGCAUCCAUCUCAACGCCGCAGGCUCAUCCCUGCUGCCCAGCACUGUCACCGAUACUGUUGUCUCUUACCUGAGGGAAGAGGCUCUAAGAGGCGGCUAUGAAACGGCGGAUGCACACGAGGCAGAGAUCUCUGACGUGUAUGAGGCGAUUGGCGAGAUGCUGCACUGUGAGUCAAGCGAGGUGGCGUUGUCUGAGUCGGCGACGGUUUCUUGGGACUCGGCGUUCUUCUCUCUGCCGUGGGCGGAUGGGGACCGGGUGUGCAUCGGGAAGGCUGAGUACGCGUCCAACGCCAUUGCCAUCCUCAACCUUAAGCAGAGGAAAAACAUAGAGGUACGCUUGUGUGUGAGCGAGAGGUGAGUUGAGGGCACACACACGUGUCUUCCCAUCGGGUGUUGUCAGGUUGUGGAGAUCGCCGACGACUCGUCGGGACAGUUCGAUCUCUCCGCCCUCAGUGCAGCUCUUCAGGACGACCUCACAGCCAAGAGGCGGCGCAUGACGGUCGUGUCCAUGACACACGUGCCGACAAAUGGGGGACUCAUCAAUGAUGCGGAGUGGUGCGGUCGGAUCAUUGAGGAGCACAACGCCAGGGUGGCCGCCGCAGGCCUGUGCAGAGUGGAUGGCAUCGACUCGACCAUCUUCCUCCUGGACGCAUGUCAAUCGUGCGGGCAGGUGGGAUGGGAGGGAGGGAGGGAGGGAUGCACUGCACUGCACUGCACGGGACAGGCCACUUCCAUUCUUGACCGUGGGGUGCGUAUGUGUUUUCACGUGCGUUGUGUGUAUGACAGAUUGAUCUGGACGUCCGGCGCCUCAAGUGCCACUUCCUCUCGGUGACGGGACGGAAAUACCUCAGGGCGCCCCGGUGCGGUACGCACCCGACCCGCUCAGGACAGGACAUGCACACGACGGACACGACACAUCUCCACGAGUCGAGUUGUGUCUUUGCUGGCUUUGGUCGACCACUUCAGAGGCACCGGGUUCCUGUAUGUGACCAAGCGGCUGCUCAACAGGGGUUUCCUCAACCCCAUGUACGCCGACCUGCGCUCAGCCAGGUACGGCACGCGCUCAGAGGCACACAGGGGGGGAGCUGAGUGUGCAUCGAUCGCCGGGCUGGUUUCCAUUCUUUGCAGUUGGUUGGGCAAGGACCAGUUUGAGCUGGCCAGCACCGCCAAGUGCUUCGAGCUGUGGGAGAGCAGCAUCGCCUGCCGGCUGGGACUGGGGGCCGCCGUCAGAUACGCACUGCAGAUCGGUACACACCUUUCCGUCACGCUACGCUCGCUGACCUUUACAUUCUCAUUCCUGCGUGCAGGUCUGCCCAACGCAGAGAAGCGCAUCCAGGCACUCGCCAGCCUCCUCCGAGGGCAGCUACGUGAGCUGCCCACCGUCACAGUGCGCGACAAGGGCGGCGCACGACAGGGCGGCAUUGUGUCCUUCACGUGCCAGUCAGCAGCGGGCAAGGCCAUCCCAGCAGACAGGGUCAAGAGCAUGCUGAGCGAGAGGGGCGUCGACGUGUCGGUGAGUAGUGCGGCUUCCACGCUGAUCGACAUGAGGGAGCGGGGGAUCGAUGCUGUGGUACGUGCGUCGGUGCACUACUACAACACAGAGGAGGAGAUGACGCUUUUUGUGGGUGUGUUGCGAGAUGUGCUCGAGAACGUUUAGUUCGCUGGCUGACAGUUUUCUUCGUCGACUGAGUGGACGAUUCAUUCAACGAUUUUGCCUCUGUACUGUCAAUUGUCAAUGGCCAAUUCAGCCAUGGUACACGCGAAGGAACC